CCUUGAUCAACCGUUUGAACGACCUUUUUAAUCUAUCAUCACUAGUUCACCUCUCUCCUUACACACCUCAUGUCUCCUUUUCAUCACUGUUCCUCUGCAUCAUCUCCCUCUCUACCAAACCCUAAACCCUUAAUAUAUCAGGCCAUGAAUCUAUCCAUUUCUUGCGAGUCAAGAUUCCCUAUAUUCUCCACUAAAUUCCGCAAAACCCUCCAUCUCAAGCCUCCACGCGUCUCAUCAGGCCCUGAACCAGGUACACAAACCCUAACCGAGAAGCUCAUCUUGCUCCUCAGAGCUGUCCCUGACUGGGCAGAUGAGAUCAAAGAGCGUGGGAUGCAGCAGAAACGAACGCUCUACACUCACGAGAAAUGGGUCGAACACAGAAGCUCUCUCCGCCACGUGCGUCACUUAGUCUCCUCCUUCUCUUCGCGUGUUAUACUCUCUCUCAUCCCUCCUGUCUUCUUCUUCACCUCCGUGGCCGUCGUCAUCGCGAGCUACAAUUCAGCCGUGGCUUUGGACUGGCUUCCCGGUAUCUUCCCUAUACUCAGAUCAUCCUCGCUGCCGUAUCAGCUCACGGCUCCUGCUCUAGCGCUGCUUCUCGUGUUCCGCACGGAAGCUUCGUAUUCUAGGUAUGAAGAAGGGAGGAAAGCUUGGGUAAGGAUCAUUGCUGGUACUGAUGAUUUAGCUAGGCAAGUGAUUUGUUCUGUUGAUGGGUCUGGUGAUGAGUUGGUUAUUAAAGAUUUGCUUCUUCGUUACAUUGCAGCUUUCCCUGUGGCUCUUAAGUGUCAUGUCAUUUAUGGUUCAGAUAUUGCAAGAGAUCUCCGGAACUUGAUUGAAGCUGAUGACUUGUCUCUGAUUCUUGAGUCCAAGCAUCGUCCUCGUUGUGUAAUCGAGUUCAUUUCUCAGAGCAUUCAGCUGCUCAAACUAGACGAUACAAAGAGAGAUUUGUUGGAAUCAAAGAUGUUGCAUUUACAUGAAGGGAUUGGAGUGUGUGAACAGCUAAUGGGCAUUCCGAUUCCUCUCUCUUACACACGUUUAACCUCGAGGUUUUUGGUUUUUUGGCAUCUGACUCUCCCUAUCAUUCUCUGGGAUGAAUGUCACUGGAUUGUUGUUCCUGCUACUUUCAUCAGUGCUGCGUCUCUCUUCUGCAUAGAAGAAGUGGGUGUUCUUAUAGAAGAGCCAUUCCCGAUGUUGGCCUUAGACGAACUUUGUGAUCUUGUGCAUAGUAACAUCCAAGAAGCUGUUAAAUCUGAGACUAUCAUACGUAACCGGAUCCUUGCAAAGAUAAAGCUCCAUGAACUCAAGCAGUCACCUAAUGGUCGGCAUAGAUCUUAAUUUUCCCACUGUUGUGAGUGAUGGCAAUCUGAUGCAUUUUGUCUUCCUUAAGAGGGGUUUGGAGUAAGUGAUGGCUUAGGUUAGCUUUGAUAUAUACAUAUUGUAUAGAAACACUUUAUACGAGUUGCUAGGAAAACUCUUUACCUUAAUGUUUGUAUAUCUUCUUGGUGUAUAUGUAUAUAUGCAUACAAAGACAAUAUUUUGGUUCUUGAUUGUUCACUCUAGAAACAAACUACAUUGUUGAAUAUUUUGUAUACAACUUGAGCAUAGUAAUCUUUCAAUGUGGUCGGCUUGCAAACAUGAACCGAUUACAAUGGACUACUGAAGUUACCUUCUAACUUAGUAGUUGUGUUCCAGGAGGCGGUAAAUAGCUAUGCAGUUUCUGCAUCUUCCUCUUGAGUUCCUCUAGUUUCUCCAAUUCGUCUGUGCUUGAUAAGGAGGUCUCUAACAUUCUCAAGACUGGUUCACUCACACACCUUCCUCUCUCCACUGUCUGCCUCGAGCAUUCAAAUGCAUCAUUGGCUCUUCUUCGAGCACACAGUGCAGUUGUAAGAAGUUCCAACGCAUGGCCAUGAGGGCAAUACCCUUUCUCCAGCAUAUACUUCCACAAGUCUAGUCCUAAAUUGACUUCACCAUUCAGACAAAACAGCUUCAUCAGCAUAACAACAGUCGGUGUCUUCGGAACCAAACACCUUCCCUUCAUUUUGUAGUAAAGCUCACACACCGCAUCAAACCCAAACUCUUUACAUUUCAUCAUUCCAAUAAACAUAGAGUGGAAAGUCACACUAUCAGGCUCAAUCCCCUUCUCUUCCAUCUCCUUCAUCACAAGCAUUGCCCCACUCACGUCUCUACAUCUCAUGAGCGCACUCAUGAAAGCAUUAUAAGCUCCACAAUCAUACGCAAACCCUCUCUCGGGAAUUUCAUCGAACAGUUGGCGUGCUUUAAUCUUAUUCCUGGCUACACCAGCACCAUGGAUCAACGUAGUGAGUAUCUGCAACGUGGGCUCAAUCUCUCCACGAUCCAUUUCUUCAAAGAGCCUCAACGCUUCCCCAAAGUUACGUUUUUUACAAAACCCAUCGAUCCUAAUCCCGUAAGUAACAGAGUUUGGUCUAAAUCCUCUCUUCACCAUCUCGUGAUAAAAAAGCUCCGUAGCGGUAACAUCACCCGCUUCCUUAAACCCUAAUAGCAAAAUAUUCAUCGUCUUCACAUCUGGGUUAAACCUGUAAUGCAACUUCUCGAAAACAGAUCUCGCCUCCUUCAUCUCCCUCUCCGUACAGAACGCUCGUAGAAGGACAUUAAACUCGUCCACACCGAACUUUUUCUUAAAGAUCUCUUUCUCCAGCCUCGCGAAAGCUGUUAGAGUCUCCUCGUAGGAUCCGAAUCUCGCGACUUUACAGAGGAGGAUGCUCAUUGACUUGAGGGUCAAGAGAUUAGGGUAAGUGUUUCGAGUUUCGGAGAUAAAGGACCAAGCUUGGUCGAAGUAACGCAUGCGGGAGAGGAUGUGGAGAGUUUUCUCGAAGGAGUCAGGGGUGGGAGGAGAGGAUUUGAGGGAGUAGUUGAAGAACUCGAGGGCUUUGAGGCCGUUGGAGUGAGCGGCGAAGAGACGGCCGAGGACUUGGGAGACGAGGGGAGGUGAGAGGGAUGAUAGAGGGAUGUGUUUGGUGAGGAUUGGUUGGAUUGGGUUGUUUGGGAAGGGAUGGUCAUUGAUGAGUUUGGUGAUACGUUCUAUCUCUGCUGUUCUGUUUCUUGAUGAUAGGACCGGAGUGAGGAGACGAUACGAAUCGGAGGAAGUCUUCUUCAGCAUUUUCAGGCA